AUGUGUUACCGCUUUGUGUUGUUGAUCGUGCUUUACCUGCAUACAUUAUUAUGCACUAAGAGUGCUUCGGAACUAUGGAUGCGUUUUCGUCAAAAUCCAAAUUCUGUUCAGCCAAUUGACUUCAAGUCUUCUGACAAGCUUUUCAGUUGGACAGACAAUAAGAAUACUUUCAAAAAAUACAAUAGAGGUUUUCCUAGAGGUAUCUGGGGAACAGCUGCUUUCCCUGAUAUUUACAGAGGAUCGUCUGACAAUGACACAGGAUAUUCAUUCUGGUCAAAAUAUGAUUCAAUUGUAUUCAAUAGGAGUUUACGAUUAAAAGAGUCAUUUAAUCAUUUUAGAAAUCAAAUCUAUUCAGAUUCAUGUAUUGAGGACAAUUUGAAAAAAUGGAAAUGUUGUGAACAACCUAAUCAUCCAAGUUGUUCUAUAUUACCAUGGAAAACAAAAGCUAUUGAAACUAUGCUAAGUGAUCCACAAACUGAUAUUAGUUUAGUAUUUGCUUAUCUAUGGUGUACAAAAGUAUGGGCAAAUUUUCACACAUUUAAUGCUACACAACAAAGAGAUUUUCUCGAAGAUAUAGAAACAGGUUGUCCAAAUCCAUGUUUUGGAAAUCCAUGUAAAAAUACUCAAGGUGUAAAGAAUCAUAUUUGUCAAGUUACAGGAACUUUUGAGAAUGAAUAUCAAUGUCAUUGUCAAGAAGAAAUGAUAUGGGAUAAACAUUUAAGAAUAUGUCUCCCAAUAAAUCCAUGUGAUAGAAAAAGAUUUCAAGUGUGUAUACCUGAAAAUACCCUUCAAUGUAUUGCUUAUAAUAGUUCUGAAUAUGAAUGUAUUUGUAAAUCAGAAUAUAUGGGAAUUGAUUGUUCAUUACCACGUGAUGCAUGUUAUGAACGAGUAGAUAAAUCACAGUCCAACGGAAAUUUUAACUGUCAAAUUCAUCUAGGAAAUAUAUGUCAACCUAUUUUAGGAACAGAUUAUUAUCAGUGUAUAUGUCUAGAAAGUUAUCAACCUUUAUUGUAUACUUCUGAACCAAAUUGUUUUGGAAGAAUCAAUCCUUGCCACACAAUACAUAUAACUGAUCUACUGAUCGAUUCAAGUUUAAAUGAUGAAAAGAAAAAUUUCCAAAUAGUUUCAAAUAAAAACCAACAUAUCCACCCUAGUACUGUUAUAUAUUGGGGUUUAACUUGCCUUAAUGGUGGCCAAUGUGUUGCUUCAGAAGAUUUCACACAUGCUACUUGUGUUUGUCCCACUGCUCCAGACGGUUCAUUAUUAUAUACUGGAUUGAACUGUGAAUAUUCCAUUGGAAUUUGGUCAUCUUGGACACUGCCUUCACCGUGCUUUCCAGAAGAUUGCGGUUUGUCACGUUAUCGUUGGAGAAGGAGACAAUGUUUGAACAAUACCAUCGAUGAUAAUAUGAUUUUCCAUUCUCCCGAUUCGUUAGCUAAAUUAAAUGACAUUGAUACCUUAAAAAGAAGAAUGGCACUUCCUUGUCCAGGAGCUUCAGAAGAAAUUUUGCCAUGUCCCCCGCUAGAGCCAUGUAUUAAAUCACAUUUCUCAGGUUUUAUGAUGGAAAACAAAUUCAGUUAUGAAACAUUAUAUUAUUUCACAUAUACUACAAUUUUUAUCUCAUUUGUAAAUGUGAUGAGAACGGAUAAUAAUUGUGCUGAGAAUAUAUUAUUUAUUCCGUCUCCUUGA